AUGGCUGAUGAAGACGUUCUGGUGAUGGCUAACAAUGCUGGUUGUAUGACCUCUCAGAGUAUGUUGAUAUCUGAUACGUGGCUAAUGAAAACUGCAUCUAUCAUUGCUCUCUGGAUUGAUUCAUGGCUACUGACGACACUGCCUGUGCUGGUGGUAGAAAUGGGAAUUGAAACUCAAUACGAGAACUUUUCGUUGGGAGUUCAGUUGGGUUGGUUCAAAGAAAUGUUGCCAUCUCUCUGCACCAACGCAUCUUCAGAUUGCAAUAAACUUUUUGAGGGUUCUCUUGUUCUAAUGGGAACGAUUGGCGGCAAUGAUUAUGACAAUACAUUGACGGGAGGAAUAAGCUUAGAAGAGGUUGAAUCAUUUGUACCAAUAGUUGUUAAUACUAUUGCCUCAGCUAUCAAUGAGUUAAUCGAGCUUGGAGUGGUGACGCUCAUGGUCCCUGGGAUCGUACCACUUGGAUGCACGGCGAACAAUCUAGCCUAUUACACCAAUUCUGCGGCGGAAGAUUAUGACCCCAAAACUGGCUGCCUCACUUGGUUGAACAAGCUUUCUGAGUACCACAAUGAAUUACUUCGGAUAGAACUAAACCGGAUUCAAGAACUUCAUCCCCAUACCACCAUUAGCUAUGCAGAUUAUUAAAAUGCUGCAAUGCCCUUGUUUCUC